CAGCAACCGUUGGUGACGAAGAAUGGUAAUCCUAUCCUUUAUUCCACCGGUCUCUCAGUGAUGUUGGGCGAGGGAAGAAUGGCAACGGCGGAAGUAGCAGGACGGGCUGCCGGCAGUAGUAGCGCCACUAACCGCGGCGGCGGAGGCCCAGAUACUGAUGCUCAGGCCCAGUCCUCGGAGCGGGAGCGGCGAGUGCGCGCCUUGAGCGCCUUCUUGAGGACCCAUCUCGGGCCUUACGAACCGGUCCUGACAGCUCUACAGGCCACGCUCACCUGGGAGAGGCCAGCAAGGAGCGCUCUUGGCUGGGUUAGCGCGCAUGCAGCUUUCGGGUUUUUUGCCCUGACCUCUCUUCAUCUGAUAUUCUUAGUUGCAUUCACCCUAAUACUAAUAGUAUGUUUAGAUCAGUGGAAGUAUAGAAUCUGGCCUGAUAUAAAAGUAAGACCCGAUCAUCUAGACAAUGGAAGUUGGGGCUUUGUCCAUCCUCGAUUUUUGAGUGUACCUGAACUAUGCCACUUUUUGGCCAAAGGAUGGAUUACAGGAGACAGCUUCAUGAGAAGCCUGCUGAGUUUCAAAAAGCAAAAUCCUGGCAAGUUCUGCCUUUUAGCUUGCGGUGUCCUUACAUUUUUGGCUGUCUUAGGAUACUACAUCCCUGGUAUCUGUCUUGCCUAUCUUAUAAUGCUUUCUCUCUUAUUGUGGCCACUUGCUGUAUACCAUAACCUGAGUCAACAUCUGUACAUCAAACUACAGCCAGCUCUGCAACGGUUGGACUUCAGUGUUCGUGGUUAUAUGAUGUCCAAACAUAAGGAAAGACAGUCACGUCACCACAUUUGGAGGGAGCAUCCUGCUGGUGCCAAUGAGAGUGAUAGUGAAGAAGAGCUUGCUGCUUUUUGUCCUAAGUUGGAUGAUGCUGUGGUUGCCAAAGAACUGACUUUCUCUGACUCUGAGCAUUCUGAUGCAGAAGUGUCUUAUACUGAGAAUGGGACCUUCAAUUUAUCCCGGGGCCAAACUCCAUUGACAGAAGGUUCUGAGGACUUUGAUGGCCACAGUGAUCCAGAGGAAUCUUUUGCUCGAGAUCUUCCAGAUUUCCCUUCUAUCAACCCUGAGAUGACAGGUAUAGACGAUGAGGAUGACACCAGCAUUGGCAUUCCAAGCCUUGCCCCCCAUCACCGUGCCCAGGAAGAGAACCAACAGUCUCAUAAACAGGAAGUAGUGACUUCAGAAUUUCUCCUGAGUGAGCUUCCAUUAAUGCACAAUCUGACAGAUGACUUAGCUGGUUUUGUGACCAGGGGAAUGAUUCAGCUAGCCUUGUCAGGAACUUCCCAGUCAGUUGCUAUGCAUAGCAACAGACAGCAGCAAAAUGCCAAGGCCUUCCUUCGGACCUCCAGCUCAGAGCUGGAUACAGAUGCUGAAGGGGAUGAUUUUGAACUAUUAGAUCAAUCAGAGCUGAAUCAGAUGGAUCCUUCAAAUUCCCGUGGUCAAUAACAAUUAUCUGGCAUUUGUUUUCUGGCUCUUUUGCUAAUGGACCAGAAUUAGAAGAGCCCAGUGCAGGAAUAAGAUAUUACCAUACAGUUUUCAUGGCUAAUUUGGCUUGGCAAAUUAGGGAAAUUGUAUACAUUUUAGAACAAAAGACUACUAUAGUAGAAUUAGAAGAAUUUGGCUAAUGGAUUUCCUGUGAUCUACAUCUUUGUACUUUGUACUUUGCACUCCUAGUUCAAAAAGAAAAAAAAAUCCUGCUGCCUGAUUUAUUAAAUGGCCCCAGUGAUAGGCUUCAGAUCUUGAAAAACAAGUCAGCCAUCAGAAAUGGUCUUGUAUGUAAGACACAAACUAAGUUCUUGAGUAAUUCAGGUGAGUAUUUUUCCCAGUUUCUGGUUUAGGGUUUAAAUUUUCAGAACUACUACUACUACUACUACUACUACACACACACACACACACACAAACACACAGAUAUACUGUAGAUGUGUUUGCAUCUGUAUAUACGUAUGCAGAAGUUCCCAAAACCUUAGAGGUACUAGAAAUUACUCCCAUCUCUAGCAAAGACUUGCAUGGAAUGAUUUCAAAUACAUAAUUUAUUUAAACCCUAGGUGGGAUAUUCUCACAGAAAAUAAUAGCAAUAAUAUACACACAGAGAUCUCUAUAAACUUUUGAAUGAAGUUUUCUUAUCUUCUCUCCACCACAGUACAUGAAAGAAUUGCCAUUUCAUUCUAGAAAUCAUCAAGUGUCUCAUUGAUUUCAAAAUUGGAAUAUAAUAUCUAAAUUAGUUAGAUACCCAGCAAGCAGUCUGUCAUUCUGAUCUAUCCCACUAUUGUUGACAUGCCCAUUUCAUGUUAUCUGUAGCUGUUUAGCUCCCAGAUGGAUUCCUACUUUCUGAAGAAAAAUUGCUUAUUAAGGAAGCUAAUUGAUUUCCACUGAAAGGUGAUAAAGGCCAGAAUCUUAAGAACAACUGCUCCAAUAAAAGUGGGCUACAAUGCUGAUGAUAAUUCUUUUAGGAAAAUUCCCUAGGAAUACAAAAUGGGAACAAAAUUUCAUCAAGGGGAAAGGAGAAAUGGGUAAUUCUGAGAGAGCAGGAACACUCUAUUUGAAAACCAAUUUCAUCAGACUUAAUAAUAGAAUUGUUAGUAUAUCUUGGUUGUACUGUUUGCAUUAUUGCAAAGGUACUUUCCUUCUCAGUAAAACAUCUGCUAAUAUCUGGAUGUUAUAAAUACUAUGGCACCAGGUCUGUUCAUAAUACUGCUUCUUUGCGUGAGUAAAACUAGCAAAGGAUUUUUUUUAUUGCAUUCAUCAUAAAACAGUUUUGCAGACCUACAAAAAACAAGCCUUCUUUAAAUAGUUCAUACUGUGAGGAACGUAUGAGUUAAUUAUUCUGGUGCUUUGUAAUUUUCUGUACAGAAUUCCAUAUACAAACUAUUUCUAUACUAAACUAUUGGAAGAUUGUACCUUAGAAGUAAUUAUCCUUGAUGCAAAGCCAUCCUGGUGAUUCUCUGAACAAGAGAGACUUGAAUAAGUGCUAUGCUUUUAUAUUUUAAACAUUUAUUUAGAUUACUUUAUUUGUGCAUUAGCAUAUCCAGUUAGAAGGUCUUGCUCCAUAUUUCUAUAAUAGCAAUUCAAUCUGUAUCAUUUUUGCAGGCUCAGUAGUUUUGAGGUUUACUUUUUUCCCCAACAUAGAGCAUUAAAAGACCUUCAUAAAAUACUGCCUAUUGUUUUAUUGGCCAGUAAUACUGUGAUGUUAAUGCUACAUGAGUAAUAGCACAUUCUUGCAGAGAAUAUUUGAAAUGGUAAUACAUUGUAAAUUUAAAACAGCUUGGUUUGAGUAGCAUUUGUGUGGCAAUAUCAUGUUAUUUAAUUGCCUUUUUAAGUGUUUAUAAAUCAGCCAAUAUUGUAGAGUAUUUAUAGUAAAUUGUCUCAUUGGAGAAGUUUUUAAAGUAAAAUGCUGAUAAUUUUUGAAAUGGAAAACUGACUACUUCAUUAGAUUUUAUGUGAUGUGGAAUAGAAAAAGGUUUAGUGCAAUAAGACCACCAAACACUCCUCCAUUGUAUUAAUAGUUAAAUAUAUUUUAAACAUUUUGCUGGGUGCUUCUUUCUGCUGUAUCUGCUGCAAAAUAAAGU